CUCACCGAUCGCGAAACUGAGAAACGACUCGAGAUCGCAUUCGGAGACCGUGAUAACCCAAGGUUUCCAAAUUGGCAUGGGGAGGAGUGUAGACCCUUUCCUGGCGAUACCGUUUGGCCCUCUCCCGUGCUAUGGGAGAAUCUUAAUGGGACGCUUGGUGGGGUGUUGAUCCGUCCUACACCACCAGCUCAAGUCUGCUAUGCGCCUUACUACGAUGUCCAGAAAUGCGCGUACGUGCGUCAAAACUUUGCGAAUACCACAUUCCAUACUAACGAUCCGGGGAGUGUUAUCAGUCAGUGGGAGGGAGGUAGUUCGUGUUUGCUACCGACGAAUGGGACGGUAGGACAGAAUGGGGAUGUUAUUGGGAUAGAGGGAGAGUGUAGGAGAGGGGGUAUGCCGGAGUAUGUUAUUAGGGUGGGGAGUGUUAGGGAUGUGCAGGUUGGGGUUAAUUGGGCGAGGAAUAUGGGGGUUAGGUUGGUUGUUAAGUGAGUUCUUUUUAUGUUUGCUUUUGGGUCUGGGAGGGAAGGUUGGUAGGAGAUGGGAUGGAGUGAUACUGGUUUCGCUUCUUCGAAGUGUUUACUGUGGAUCUUGCUUGAGAAAGAGUGCUCGUAUAACCGAGUAGCGAAUCACUCUCCCCUCCAGCCCUUCUCCUUCUAGUUUUUCUUGUCAAUUCCGCGAAUCCAGUCUAAUGAAAGAAAAACCACAGAAACACAGGCCACGACUUCCUCGGCAAAUCCCAAGGUGCGGGCUCGUUAAGUAUUUGGGUUCACCACCUCAAGUCUACAGAGUUCCUGCCCUCCCACACGUCAGGGUCUUAUACCGGACCCGCAGCACGUAUCGCAGCCGGCAUUCAAACCUUCGAACUUAACCGCUUUGCCGCCUCUAACAGGAUCACGAUCUUGGGACCCGGAGGCUCGACAGUCGGAGUUGCUGGAGGGUUUUUGCAGGGUGGUGGUCAUAGUACAUUGAGUAGUUUGUAUGGGUUAGCAGCUGAUCAGGUGCUGGAGAUUAAUAUUGUUACGGCCGAUGGGAAAUUUGUGACGGCUAGCGAGGAGGAAAAUCAGGAGUUGUUCUGGGCUGUUAGGGGAGGUGGUGGGGGUCCGUCUUCUCCCUUUUUCUUCAUAACCCUUCAAAUGUUUGUUUUCACCAACUAA